CAUCCUUCUCACAUUAUCCACCUACCUUCACAAACCCAGUCUCACGGUCUCACUCUUCUUUUUCAUCAAACACAGAAGUCAUGAGAGAAAAGGCCUUCCCUUUAGCCACCAUCAGAUUCCUAGUCUCUUCUAUGUACACAAACACAAAUUAACAACUCGCUAUAGAGCUCUUUAGCUCAGAUUCUAACCCAACAAUGAUACCAACAACGAUGAACCAGAUGUGGACAACAAUGGGUUCAACCCUAGCCAGCUUCAUGUUUGUUUGGGCCAUCAUCCGCCAGUACUGCCCUUACGAGCUCCGUAGAUUCUUCGAAAAAUACUCCCACAGAAUCAUGGGCUACUUCUACCCCUACAUCAAAAUCUCCAUCCACGAGUUCACGGGCGACCGCCUCAAGCGGAGCGAGGCCUACGCCGCCGUGGAGGCCUAUCUCAGCUCCAACACUUCAAAAAGCGCCAAAAGACUCAAGGCAGAGAUGGUCAAAGACAGCAGCAACUUGGUUCUGAGCAUGGACGAGUAUGAAAGAGUCACAGAUGAGUUUCAUGGUGCAACUGUGUGGUGGGUUCUGACCAAAGCUCUGUCGCCGGGCCGGUCCAUGUCAAUGUCUUACUAUCCGGAGCAGGAGAAAAGGUUUUACAAGCUCACUUUUCACAAGAAGUACAGGGAGAUCAUCACAGGGUCUUACUUAGACCAUGUGGUGAAAGAAGGCAAGGAAAUUAGGGUUAGGAAUAGGCAGAGGAAGCUUUACACAAAUAGCCCCGGUUACAAGUGGCCUAGCUACAAGCAGACUAUGUGGAGUCACAUUGUGUUUGAGCAUCCAGCGACGUUCGAAACAAUGGCGUUGGAGCCAGAAAAGAAGAAGGAGAUCAUUGAAGACUUGGUGACUUUUAGUAAGAGUAAAGAUUUCUAUGCAAGAAUUGGGAAAGCUUGGAAAAGGGGGUACUUGCUUUAUGGGCCACCAGGGACUGGGAAGUCCACCAUGAUUGCAGCAAUGGCUAACUUGCUGAGCUAUGAUGUCUAUGAUCUUGAGCUCACUGCUGUGAAGGACAACACAGAGCUGAGGAAGCUUUUGAUCGAGACGACAAGUAAGUCUAUAAUUGUCAUUGAGGAUAUUGAUUGCUCACUUGAUCUAACAGGUCAGAGGAAGAAGAAAGCAGAGAAGGGUUGUGUGGAUGAUGAGAUUAUUAAGGCAAGUAAGGAGAGGAUGAAGGAGCCAAAAGAGGAGGGUGGUAGUGGAAGUAGUAAGGUCACUCUUUCUGGGCUUUUGAAUUUCAUUGAUGGGCUUUGGUCUGCUUGCGGGGGUGAGAGGCUGGUGGUUUUUACUACUAAUUAUGUUGAGAAAUUGGAUCCUGCAUUGAUUAGGAGGGGUAGAAUGGACAAGCAUAUUGAGCUUUCUUAUUGUAGUUUUGAAGGAUUCAAAGUUUUGGCAAAGAAUUACUUAAGGCUUGAGAGUCAUGAAAUGUUUGAUAUGAUUCAGAAGCUAAUGGGAGAGACCAAAAUGACCCCUGCUGAUGUAGCUGAGAAUCUCAUGCCCAAGUCUCCACAAGAUGAUCCAGAGAGGUGUCUUUCGAAUUUCAUUCAAGCUCUUGAAGAAGUUAAGGAGGAAGAAGAAGCCAAGAAGAAAGCUGAAGAAGUGAAAGAGAUUGCUGCUACAACAAAGGAGCUGCCACAAGAAAACAAAGAUGUUGAGGUAACAGAAUGUUCUGGGGAGCAAUGAGAAAACUUCAUUGUAGAGUAUUAGUUACUUUAGUGAAGAGUUUCGAAUUUUCUGAGGGCAAGUGGCUGAUAAUGGGUUUGGGUUCAUGUUCAAGCAA